AUUUGAUUGUACUAACAUGACAUGAAAGUCAGCAUAAGUUGCUGUCGAUAUUUGUCGACAGAUUGAUGUCUAAAUCAAAUAUUAAAUACAUACACUUCCAAGAAACUACGAAGAAAGUUUGAAAAUUGCAAUAGAAAAAAGGAGUUACGUCGUGUGUUUUUGUACUUUAGUAGAGAUAAUAAUUUCUAGGAAAUUGCAAAGAAAGUUAUAAAGAACUAAAGAUGGUUACAGAAGAAGGGAGACUUGUAUGAUAAAAAUAGAAAAAUAAAUUCAUCAAGUCUUACAAUGAAACACGAUGUGUUCAUAAGUUUCAGGGCCAAAGACACUCGUGACAACUUCGUGAGCCAUCUCUGUGGCUGUCUACGUAGGAAGCGGAUCAAAACCUUCUUAUAUGACGAACUACCGGCUGAAGAGAGAUACGAAGAGUCGUUAAAAGCAAUCGAAGUAUCGAGAAUUUCAGUCAUUGUUUUCUCGGAAAACUUUGGGGAUUCGAAAUGGUGUUUAGAUGAAGUUGUAGCCAUCUUGAAAUGCAAAGAAAAGUUUGGUCAGAUUGUGAUACCUGUCCUUUACCAUGUGGAUCCUCUCGACAUUGAAAAUCAGACAGGAAGUUUUGGAGAUGCCUUUGCUAAGCGACGGGAUAUAGCCGAAAAGCUUCAAGAAUGGAAAGAUGGUUUUACAGAAGCCAUUAACCUCCCUGGAUGGAGUACUGCCUAUUUGAGUGAUGAGGAGAUGUUGGUGAAUGAAAUAGCUCGGGAAAUCGAAAACAAGCUGCUAAGAGCCUCAAGAAUGAAGAUUAUAAUUGAGUGGUCUCUAGUCAUCACAAACCUCAUGUUGGAGAUAGCUUCUUCUGUUUUCGACCAGAUCUCCUCUGCACAUAAACCUUUAUACGCAUUGGUUGCAAUGUCAAUGUCAUUGUUAUCAUGUCUACUUUGCAUCAUAGAUCUCUUGCACAAAGGCAGAGUUGAGAGAGUUGUGUGGAAGUGGACUUGGCCCAUUCCUUGGUUUCACUAUCAAACUCAAAGAUCAAACAGAUUUGGUAGCUUUCCAGAGAUGCUUGGCUUGGUUUGCGCCUUGUGCCAAACGACUAUCACUGCCGUUAACUAUUCAUUCAUCACACGUAGAGAUGACACUCCCAUCAAAUUCUCGGUUUGGCCAAUCAUGUUUGCGUUAGGUUUACUUUGUACUUUGUUGAUCAAAAGAUCUAGAUAAUUAGUUUCAUUUACUUGUUGUAUAUUAUAGAUACACUCAUUACUUUGUUAUAAUUUGUUCUCUCUUCUGUUCUUACAAUUUUUUUCAAUUUUAAGUUUUACUUUAAACAUACAAAA